UAGAAAAUGAACAGUUAAUGAUACAAUAUAUACAGAGAGAAUAUCAAAUAUAUGCACGCAUAUAAAGAAUUGCGAUUGGGUCAGGUCACAGUGUAUUUGCCCCCUCCCCCCAGUCAGAGUCGAGCAUAGUUGGCAGCACCAAUUUGGCGGUUGUGCAAAACGUAAAUUUUAAAAAAGAGAAAAUAUCACGACACUUAGCCAGGGCUAUACAGUGCGACUGAAAAGUACUGCGUGCGACUAUCAAAAAAUAUUUAGGAGCACCUGUGCGACUAACCCGAUCAGCAUAGGCUAUUCGUGUUUGCGCUGAGAGGAGCUUCAAAGAUUUUUACUUGCGUGUUUGUGCAGCGACUUGAUGGAAGAGAACGAGGAGAGUGAAGAACUGAGUGAAGUUGAAGAAAAACUUGUCAAAACCAGAGAAAAAUCUUCCAAGAGUUUCACACGGAAAGGACAUCUUAAGAAAAACGUGAAAACCCACACUGGAGAGAAGCAGCACACAUGUGAUCAGUGCGGGAAGAGUUUCACAAAAAAAGGAUACUUGAAAUAUCACAUGAAAAUCCACACUGGAGAGAAAGCGCACACAUGUGAUCAGUGCGGAAGUGCUUUCACACAAAAAGGAGCCCUUAAGGAACACAUAAAAAUCCACACUGAGAGAAGCCGUACACAUGUGAUCAGUGCGGGAAGAGAUUCAAACAGGCAUUCGCUCUUAAAUUACAUCUGCGUUCUCAUUCUGGAGAAAGAUCAUUUAACUGUGAUCAAUGUGAUAAAACCUUUAUUUGGGCAGUAUCUCUGAAGAACCAUCUGAAAGUUCACACAAAGGAGAAGCCUCAUGUGUGUGCUUUAUGUGGAAAAUGUUUUAGUCACCGUUUUGCCUUAAAACAGCAUCAGAAAAGACACAGAGGUGUGAAGGAUCGUAUGUGCUUUGAUUGUGGAAAGACUUUUUUUACAGAUUCUGAACUGAAACAACACAAGAGAGUUCACAUUGGAGAAAAACGUUAUAAGUGUUCACACUGUGACAAGAGAUUCAACAAUUCAUCAUCUCUGAAAGCACAUGAGAGGAUCCACACUGGAGAGAAUCUACAUACAUGUGAUCAGUGCAGUAAGAAAUUCACGCUAAAAUCAGCACUUAAAAAGCACAUGAGCGUCCACACAGGAGAGAGGCCGCACACAUGUGAUCAGUGCGGGAAGAGCUUCAGACGAAAAGCAAACCUUAAUGAUCACAUGAAAAUACACACUAGAGAGAAGCCGUACACAUGUGAUCAGUGCGGGAAGAGUUUCAGACGAAGCACUACACUUAAUAAUCACAUGAAUAUCCACACUGGAGAGAGUCCGCACACGUGUGAUCAGUGUGGGAAGAGUUUCGCACACAGCGGAAACCUAAAGAUACACUUGAAAAUCCACACUGGAGAGAAAUCACACACAUGUGAUCAGUGCGGGAACAGUUUCACACAAAAAGUACACCUUAAGGAACACAUGAAAAUCCACACUGGAGAGAAGCCGUAUCACUGCCCUGCCUGUGGGAGAAGUUUCACUCAUUUCUCUUCUCUGCUCAGUCAUUCAAAAAAAAGUUGUCUGAAAUCACAGAAUCACAGUAUGAAAUCACAUUCAGAUCCAGCCCUUUCAAGUGUGACGCUGCAUUCUCAGCAAACCUGACCCGGUUAAGGCUAGAAGGGAUACGUAUGGCGCUACUGGGCAUGCGCACAUCAACACAGCAUAAUUUUUGUCACACUGUACAACAAUAAUUACUACUUUUUCAUUCUUGUAAGGGGUAGGUGUAGAUGUUAAUAAAACACAAUCUAAUAGGUAGAAAAUUAAUUUCAUUGUUCAUUUCUGGUUGUGCCAUAUGAUAACCCAACCUUCUUCCAUGUAAAUCACAACAUCAUCCAAAGUUGUCAUCUUCAAUACCAGCAGUUUCAACUCAAACUAAUAUCAUUUUGCUUUACGAUAUGAAUUAAAUAAUUAUUUUUUUGUUUUUUUUCAAUUUGUUUAAUUUUCCUAUAAUGCAUAUGUAUCACUCUUAGUUCAUUCACUCUCCUUUAUGAAUGAAUGUAGUUUUUUACAUGUACAAAAUGUUCUUUUUGAGUGUAUUUGCAGAAACAGAGCAGCUGCGAUAAAGAUAAUCAGCUCAAUUCAGCCUGAAACCUGUUCACAUUUUAAUCAUUUAAUAAUUGUUUUAAUUCUUUGAGAUUAGAGAAGCAUCACAGCUAAAGGAUAACAAUAUGUAAAAACAAUAUCAUUGGAAUCAAUUUCAGAAUCGUGAUGAAUAAAAAAGCCAGCCAAUCAAAAUCUAUAUGACAUUAAAAAGCUUGAGCAUUUAAAGUGGCAGACGACAUAACUGCAGUGCAUAAAUAGACAAUUAUGGUCCAUUAGUGUGACAGUUAUUGUUAUAGUUAUCGUCUUUAUUAUGAACAGGCCUUUUUUUUUUACUUGAUAUGUUUUGUAGAAGCUUGUUUUUCAUUGGUAACCAAAUUGGGUGCAUUUUUCAUAAUCUCCUAUUGAUUUCAUCUCACGCUGGUGACCGAGGGUUGCAAGAAUCACUGUGAUUGAAACACUGCUGCGAUAGAAAUAAGUAUCCUGCACUUAUAGAAAAAAUGGAAAGAGAGUAUCAAAUCAUUUUAGCCUUAUAUGGAAUCUUGUUUUUGCCAUGGACUAAAAAAAAUGUAAAAGGUAAUUGCGACUAUCUCACAAUUUUAUGAGAGAAAAAAAAGUCAGGUUUGUGAGAUAUAGACUCACAUUUUAGAGUUAUUUGCAACAUAUAAACUCAAAAUUACGAGUUAUAAAGUCAUAAUUACAAGAUGAACUUGCAAUUGCAAGAAAGUCAGAAUUGUGUGAUUUAAAGUCGCAGUAGUGAAGUUAUGAAGUCAGAAUUCAAAGAUAAACUCGCAAUUCUGACUUUUUCUCAGAUUUGUUCAUUUUUUAUAUCGCAAUUCUUUUUUCCUCAGAAUUGCAAGAUAUAAACUCACACAAUUUUGUCUUAGAAGUUUAGAAUUGUGAGAUAUACAGUAAAAAUCAGAAUUGUGAGAUAAAAAAGUUGCCUUUUUACCUUUAAUUCAUUUUUUUUAUUCAGUGGCAGAAACAAGCUUCCAUAGUCUUCACAAAGCAGUUUCUAGUUUAAUUUGAUGCUUUACAUUCAUGCUUACUUUGAACUCACUCACAUGUUAAAACAUUGAUGUUAGCUAUGUAUAUUCAUGGUUCUCUAAUGCUGGUUCAUGGUCACGACAUUAAACUAAACAAAUAAAAUGAUCGUAUU